CGUGGGAUGGCACUUGGAUCAGAGACGACGCGGCGGUCACUUGACGACUGCAUGGCGCCCUGGGACACCAAGUCGCCCGAGACGGACGACGCGAUGCGCAACGACCGCGAAGCGCGCCUCAAGAAGGAUCGCAUGCGCAAAACCAAGUACCGACAAGAAAAGAUGGCCGAGAUGCACGAACUCAAGGUCACUGCAAGCGCGCUCACGCUGCAGCUCGAGCAGCUCAAGACACAGCGGAGCCAGCACGUGCGUCCGCGGCUACCGUCGCUCACGUCGCUGCAGGCGCCGCGGCUUCGGCUGUCCUGGAAAUUGAUUGCGGAUCGAGAGAAAGCGGGUCUUGCGGCCGCGUACGCCGAGCAGAAGCGGCUGCGCACCGACCUCUUGCAGGACCUCAAUCGCGCCUUUUACCUGCUCCAGUCGCAGCGCCGUGCCCCGCGCGAGAUGGUGAUGGACCUGCGGCGCGAGCCGCGCACCGCGACCACACUGCCGCACCACCCACUGCGGCGCCUCGAGACCAUCCAGCGCCUCUUGCAGUGGCAAGCCGACCACGUCAACGAUAUGUUCUUAGCCCGCGUGCUUCCAGCGCUCGACGACGACGACGAUCCCGCAUGGACCAUGGAGCUGUCGACGGACGUCGCGUCGGUUGCGUAUCUCGAGACACGAAGCCUCGGCGUCGUGUACGCGUCCGCGGUCGACGUCGGCGCCGUCCUAUGGCAGUUCGAGACCGCGCAGUCCCGUCAUACCAAGGUGGUGCCACUCGACGGCGAUACCGCCUUGGUAUCGGGCUCCAGCAAGGACGACGACACGACGCUGCUCAAGCGGAUCGUACAUCGAACUGCCACUGGCGCACCACGCGUCCUGCUUCUUGCGCAGAGCGUGCUCGCCGACGAAAGCGUCUCGCACCCUACAUCUUGCAAUAGCGUGGUGAUGUGGCUUGUGGUCGACGAGCUCCCGCGCGGAGCGUCCGACGGCCCCGUGAGCGUCUAUCGCAGCGUGCAGCAAGCCGCUUUGAACGGUCCGCUCGAUGUGUACGCCGAGCACUUGGUCGCGACGACGGCGACGCGCGCCCUGCGGCAGCACGCGCUUUCGCGCCAUUUCCACUGCCUCUAACUUAAUCAGCGCAAGAAGAACGAGACGUGUUGGUGGAC